AUGGACCCCACAAAAGCACCAGAUUUCGAACCUCCAUCGGCAAAUAACACGCCUAACCCCCCGCUAGCACCACAGUCUACGAUUCCCAAAAGCGGACCCAUCAUGCCCUACGUGCUGGCAGACUACAACGCUUCGAUAGACGCUCCAAUCCACCCUCGCACUUACAAAAAACACUCCAAAGUCGGCCGCAGGGUCUCCACGGCGCACCACAGCUCGAUUCCUCUCAAACAACCAGAACUGCAACCGGCAUCGCACGAAACGUCCGAGGAAGAAGAACCCAGCCAUAAUAACGACACAGACGACCACUACGACCAUGAAAAUGACAAUUACAAUUACAAUUACGACGACAACGACAACGAUAGUGUGAACACCAGAGCGGAACGUCCAACGCCCAGUCCCGCAACCAGCCAGAUCUUCAUCCACGACCGUCAAAGUAGCCGUGCCGACCUGGCACGCCAAUUCACGCACCAGAUGAACCUGAUGCACAGCCACCAGGACGACGACGUCGACGACCGCAUCGGGUCCCGGAUCCACAAAUACCAAAUCGCCGAUCUCGAAGAAGUGCCCCACGGGAUCGUCCGUCAAGCUGCCACUCUCGAACAGUACAGCUUCCCCGCGCAUCGUCUGCAAAAGGAACUCAAAAACUCAAACAAGCUGCCCUUGAUCGUCGUGGCGUGUGGUUCAUUCUCCCCAAUCACAUACCUGCAUUUGCGAAUGUUCGAAAUGGCCCUCGACGCCAUUUCCGAGCAAACUCGGUUCGAAGUCGUCGGAGGCUAUUACUCGCCCGUAAGUGACAACUACCAAAAACCCGGUUUGGCCCCUGCUCGUCACAGAGUCCGGAUGUGCGAACUAGCGUGUGAACGUACCUCGUCGUGGCUCAUGGUCGACGCCUGGGAAUCGCUCCAGCCGUCUUACACACGGACCGCUAAAGUUUUGGACCAUUUCAACGAUGAAAUCAAUGUCAAGAGAGGCGGCAUUGCCACCGCUUCGGGCGCUCGUGUCGGUGUCAAAAUCAUGCUUCUAGCCGGCGGAGACCUCAUAGAGAGUAUGGGAGAGCCAAACGUCUGGGCAGACUCGGACUUGCACCACAUUUUGGGUAACUACGGGUGUCUCAUCGUUGAAAGAACCGGUUCUGAUGUGAGAUCGUUCCUUCUGUCCCACGAUAUCAUGUACGAGCAUCGGAGAAAUGUGCUGGUUAUCAAACAACUUAUUUACAAUGACAUUUCAUCUACUAAAGUGCGUUUGUUUAUUCGCAGAGGUAUGUCCGUUCAAUACCUUUUGCCCAAUAGUGUUAUCCGCUAUAUUCAAGAACACGGCCUGUACGUGAACCAGACAGAGCCCGUGAAACAGGUUAUGGGUAAUAAAGAAUAG